GGAGCGGGGCGGGGAGCUCAGCCCGGCCCAGCCCAGCCGAACGGCGCUUCCCCGGGGCGAGCGAAACUUCCCGGGGGGCGGGCGGGUGGGGGGGGGGGGGGGCUGCGAGAUAGAGAAUUUUUUUUUUUUUUUUUUUUUUAAUUUAUUUGAAAAUUUUCGGCACUUUCGGCGGGGAUCCCGGGGCGGAGCCGUCUUCGCCGAGCCUGCGGCGGCCGGGAGGGGCCGGUUGUCCGCAGUGCCGCCGGCCCCCGGGGAUGGGCUCCGGUGGGGCGCCCGCCGCUUAGCCCGGCUCGGCUCGGCUCGGCCCGGCCCGCUCCGGUCCGGUCCGGCGCGCCGGGGGCAGCGGGGGCCGCGCCGCGCAGCAUGGCCGCGGAGCUCAGCGCCGAGGAGGAGCAGGCGACCAAGCAGUUCCUGGAGGAGAUCAACAAGUGGACGGGCCAGUACAAUGUGUCCCCGCUCUCCUGGAACGUGGCCGUCAAGUUCCUCAUGGCCCGCAAGUUCGACGUCCUGCGGGCCAUCGAGCUCUUUCACUCCUACCGGGAAACGCGGCUGAAGGAGGGCAUCGUGAAGCUGAAGCCGCACGAGGAGCCGCUGCGCUCGGAGCUGCUCAGUGGCAAGUUCACCAUUCUGAGCGUGCGGGACCCCUCGGGAGCCUCCAUCGCCCUCUUCACGGCCAAGCUGCACCAUCCCAGCAAGAGCGUGCAGCACGUCGUGCUCCAGGCGCUCUUCUACCUGCUGGACCGAGCGGUGGAGAGCUUCGAAACCCAGAGGAACGGACUGGUGUUCAUCUAUGACAUGGCAGGCUCGCAGUACACCAACUUCGAGCUGGACCUCAGCAAGAAGAUCCUCAACCUGCUGAAGGGUGCCUUCCCGGCUCGGCUCAAGAAGGUUUUCAUCGUGGGAGCGCCCAUGUGGUUUCGUGUGCCCUACUCCAUCAUCAGCCUGCUGCUGAAGGAGAAGCUGCGGGAGCGGGUGCAGAUGGUGAAGAUGUCGGAGCUGAAGGAGCACCUGCCCCGGGAAUGCCUCCCCGAGUACCUCGGGGGGUCCCUCAAACUGGAUCCUCUAAGCUGGAACUGCCGGUUCCUGCCCCAGCAGAACGGGCACCCCGACCCCCUGGACGAGCUCAUCCUGGUGCCGCUGGUGGCCCCCAAAGAUAACGGCUCCGUCCACGUCCCCGGGCCCAAGUCCGUCACCCUGCAGGAGCUGCUGGAUCACGUCAGCCACAAGCAGAAGCGGGGCAUCUAUGAAGAGUACGAAGAUAUUCGGCGGAGGAGCCCAGCCGGCACCUUCGUCUGCUCUUUGGCACCCUACAACCAGGAGAAGAACCGGUACGGGGAUGUGCCCUGCUUGGACCAAACCCGCGUCAAGCUGGCGAAGCCGUACAGCCGCCCGGAGCUGACCGACUACAUCAACGCGAGCUUCAUGGACGGCUACAAGCAGAGGAACGCUUACAUCGGGACUCAGGGGCCUCUGGAAAACACCUAUGGUGACUUCUGGCGCAUGGUGUGGGAGCAAAACGUCCUGGUGAUUGUGAUGACAACCCGGCUGGAGGAGGGAGGCAGGAGAAAGUGCGGCCAGUACUGGCCCCUGGAGAAGGAUUUCCAGGUGUGCUUCGGGGCCCUGACCAUCACCAACCUGGGCGUGGAAAACCUCAACCAUUACAAGAAAACCAUCCUGGAGAUCCACAGCUCAGAGACCAGGGAGCGGCGGCUGGUGUCUCACUUCCAGUACCUGAGCUGGCCGGACUACGGCGUCCCCUCCUCCGCGGCCACCCUCAUCGACUUUUUGGGGGCCGUGAAGCAGCAGCAGAGGGUGGCAGUCAGCGCCCUGGGACCUCGCUUCAAGGGUCACCCUGGGGGACCCCCGAUCGUGGUGCACUGCAGCGCUGGCAUCGGCAGGACAGGUACCUUCUGCGCCCUGGACAUCUGCCUGUCCCAGCUGCAGGACGUGGGCACGCUGAACAUCUACCAGACGGUGCUGCGCAUGCGGACCCAGCGCGCCUUCAGCAUCCAGACCCCCGAGCAGUAUUACUUCUGUUACACCGCCAUCCUCGAGCACGCCCAGCGCGAGGGCCUGCUGCUCGCCAACCACAACCGGGCCGGCCAGGAGAAGAGCUCGCCGGGACACUGAGACCCGCUGCCUCCCCACAGACAUCCCCCCCACACACCUCUUCCCAUCCUCCCGGGGUUGCCAGAGCCGCCUCCGCGCCCGUCGGGACUCGGCAGAGCUGUCGGGGCGGCGGUGCCGGAACGCGGCGGCAGGCAGGCAGGCAGCUGCCCGUCCUCGACAAUUAGCACUGCUAUCGAACUGUGCCUUAUUCAAACCAAAUGGUGGCUGCCGCUCGCCGGGGGGUGGAGGACGGCGCGGGAAGAGGCUCUCGCUCCUCUCCGUGGUAUUUCUGUUGGGGGGGGUUUGGUUGUUUGGGGAGGUGGUUUUUCUUCUCUUGGAGUUGUUUUUGGUUUUUUGUUUUUGUUUUUUUUUUCGUUGGGACCAUCUAAAAUGUAUCUAGAGAAGGGCUUUGCAAAGCCCUAGGAAAUGUAUUUCCAGUCCUGCCCCUGGCCUGGGGCUUAGGAAGAGGCACCUAUGUCAGUCUUACCUGCCACUAAGUCUGUGUGUCUGUAUGUAUGUGUGUAUAUAAUAUAUCCUCACUGUGCCCAACCCCAGCUAUUAUAUAGAGACAUAUAUACAAGCACCCGUUUUAGCAGCUCCUGUGGGUCCCCGCUGUCCUGCCGUCUCACCGCUGUGAUCCCUGGAGUGGUGAGUUUGGUCCUGGCUCUGUCUUGUCUUCCCUCCCUGCUCCUUUUUUCCCUUUCCUGCCUCCCUGCUCCUCACAGGCAGCCUUGGGACCCGGUACCCGCUCCCAUGCCCAUCCUGCGGGAGGCAUGGGGAUGCUCGGCGGCAUCCCCCCCGCUUUGCUUGUCUCAUCUUCCCCAUCCUCGUCUCCUGCUGGGAGAGGGCAGCUCUGCUCCCGGGAGGGGGAUCUGGAGGAUUUUGGCCACGGCAGGCGGGUUGGCCGGGGGGCGAGGAGCUCACAGGCGUCCCCUGCCCCUUGGGGCGCAGCCGCGGGAGUCACUAGGUACGAGGUGAUGGGGACAGACGGGGACCGACCGGCUCUCCGGGUUGCCCGGCUUUCCCAAGCCGGCAGCGGGAACCCGCGGGCCCAGCCCUGUGGUGAGUCACGGGCUG